AGACUACACAAAUCAUAUUUAUUUUAUUCAAACGUUCACAGCAUACUCAAUCUUGUUUGAUUAUUUAUUGUUUUUUCCUUCUCCCAUUGAUAGGAAAAAGGAUUUUAAGCUCUCUGCCCCAAUCAUCAAUAUUUAAAAAAUUAAAAUUAGCUACGAACUUCAUCGUUGUUCUAAAUGUAUUGUAGCUAACAGAUUUUUUUUGACAAUCCGUCCGGAGUUAUUGUUUGAUAAAUGAUCAGUAUGAGUCAGACUCAAUAGAAUUUGAUCAAUUCUAUUUUCUGUCGUUAAGUGGAAAACUGAAUCAAGAAUUCUCUUUCUUCAUCCUCCUCGAUCGAAUCACUGUUCGUGACCCAGGAUUCUAUUUUAUCAUCAAUCUGAUCCCGCUAAAUAGGAUUAGCGACGAAUUUGUCCGUCACAAAAUCCGUUUUUUUUUUAGUAGUGCAUUACUCAGUUGUUGUUCCAAUGGCUUCAACAGAUGCUCAAAUGGAGAAAAUGAAGAUCCGUCAAAACUAUCAGAAUCACUGGCACACCGAUCUCCUUCGCGCUCCGCAGUCAGAUCCUCUCUUUUGCUGUUUUUCGCUUUGGUGCGGUCCUUGUGCAUCGUACAUUCUCAGAAAACGAGCUCUAUACAAUGAUAUGUCAAGGUAUACAUGCUGCGGAGGCUAUAUGCCUUGUAGUGGCAGAUGUGGAGAAAGUCAUUGCCCUGAGUUAUGUCUUUGCACAGAGGUUUUUCUUUGCUUUGCAAAUUCAGUUGCCUCAACACGCUUUAUGUUGCAAGACGAGUUCAAUCUGCAGACAACAAAAUGCGAUAAUUGCAUAAUUGGAUUCAUGUUUUGCCUCCAGCAGGUAGCAUGUAUAUUCAGCUGCAUUGCUUGUAUUACAGGAAAUGACGAACUUCAAGAGGCUUCUCAGGUUCUGAACUGUUGCUCGGACAUGGUUUAUUGCACGGUUUGCAGCUGUAUGCAGACACAGCACAAGGUUGAAAUGAACAAAAGAGAUGGAAAGUUUGGAGCAAGGCCAACGGUAGCACCACCUGUUCAACAAAUGUCUCGUUUGGAUCAGCCUCUUCCUCCAACCAUUGCAUAUGCACCAACCCAAAACACCCAAUCAUACCCACCCCCACCCCAGCAACCUUAUGGCUACCCACCCCCACUACCCCAGCAACCCUAUGGAUACCCACCACCACCACAACAACCCCCCAUGUACCCUCCCCCACCACAGAAACAUAAUGGUUAUCCUCCAGCCAAUUAUGCUCCAAGCGGUGCUGGAUACCCCCCACCCGGUUAUCAACGGUGAAAUGUCACUACUAAAAAAGCAGGAAUUAGCGACAGACAAAUUUCGAAGCUAAACAGCAAAAUCCGUUGUUAAUCCUAUUUAGCGACGGGUUAUAAUAAAGUCUGUCACCUAUGAGAAAUUUAACAAUGGAUUACCGACGACAUUGGUAGCUAAUUCCCCUUUUUUUUCUUUUUUUUUUUGUGUGUGUGUGGUGUGUUAAACUUCAUCUUCUUUUUGAAAGAUUCAUUGAUCUCUGCAAUAAAAUUUGGCUACUAGUACAGCUUGUGGAACCUCAGUUGUUGUUGAAUUGUAAUUCUAACGAAAUAAAAUUUGUCAAGUUCGUAUUA